AUGGCUGAAUUCUCAACUUAUAAUAUUGCCUCUAUCAAUAUAAACACGAUAACGAACGCAACGAAGAUAGCCGCUCUUCGGACUUUUGUACGAACGCUGGAACUUGAUAUCGUGUUCCUUCAGGAGGUAGAAAAUGAGCAACUGUCCCUCCCGAAUUUUAACGUCGUCUGCAACGUAGAUCACGCAAGACGUGGCACGGCAAUAGCGCUAAAGGAUCAUAUCCCAUUCUCGGACGUCGAAAAGAGCCUGGAUGGCCGUCUCAUCGCCCUCCGAGUACAGAACACAACUCUCUGCAAUGUCUACGCACCUUCUGGUACAGCUUUACGUGCCGAGAGAGAACGUUUUUUCAACGAUACACUUGCAUUCUAUCUCCGUCACACCACACCACACGUUAUUCUCGCUGGGGACUUUAACUGUGUACUGCGUACCAGCGACUCAACGAGUGUUAAUUCGAGUCCGGCACUGCAAGCCACCAUACAGCAACUGCAGCUUCAUGACUUGUGGGUGAAGCUGUACCCUACGACCCAAGCAUCUACCUACAUUACACACAAUGCGGCAUCCAGGCUCGACCGGAUAUAUGUGAGCACAGGGCUAUGCGAGCAUAUUCGCAACGCCGCAACACACUCGAGGGAAAUAUUUAGUAUUUUCAACGCCGAAUAUCAAAGACUCUAUGCACAAUUACGAACGGCUUAUGAUGGAUACUAUCAAUUUCCCGCGAUGCUGGUGACAAUCAAUCGCGUUAAAGCACAAAUGCUAUCGCUGCAGCGGAAGUUCGCGCAAAAUUUUAUUCGUAUCAACGAGACGCUCGUAGCGGGGGAAAAUCUGUCCACUUUCCAACUAGGUGAUAGACGACGGAAAAGGUCAGUUGGAACAGAGCUGCAGAAUGAGCGAGGAGAACACAUCCGAGGAUCCGCCGAAAUCGAACGACAUAUGGUUCAGUAUCUGGCGGACCUGUAUGCGAUGGGAGAGGCAAGGCAAGCUCCAGAAGAAAAUUUCGAGUGCGAGAGAGUAGUAACCGAGAACGAUGAGACUAAUGAAGCAAUGAUGGACGAGAUCACAAUCAGUGAGAUCGAACACGCCAUCCGAACCUCGCAGAAGCGUAAAUCGCCGGGUGCCGAUGGGCUGCCGAUAGAGUUCUACCAACGAACGUUUGACGUCAUAUACAGAGAACUUUAUUGCAUAAUCAAUGAAGCGAGAACAGAAGAACUCCCCGUAGGGUUCACCGAUGGCAUUAUCGUGCUGGUGAAAAAGAGAAGUGGCGAUGGCACAGCACGAGUGUACCGACCAAUUAGCCUUCUCAACGUAGACUACCGAAUUCUGAGUAGAGGAGAUCCGUUGUCGAUGCUCCUGUUCGUGAUUUACCUACAUCCACUACUUACACGGUUGGAGCGCAUAUGUGGUGGAGAUAUUUGCGUUGCGUACGCCGAUGAUAUUACGGCGAUUAUAACAUCAACAACAACGAUCAAUCGUAUUUUUGGGGUGUUCGGCGAAUUCGAGCUUGUGGCCGGGGCAAAACUUAACCGGUAA